AUGGAUGUGGAUAUUGAUUCAGAAUCAGAAGAAUUGUUUGAAGGAAUUGACCUGGACGAACUUGAGCAGCAGGCUCAAUCACAAGUACAAAAACAAAAUCAUGCACGUGAAUCCAUUGACUCAAUUGAAGAGCUCCCGUUCCAACCUGCGUCUGUGUCUGAUAAACAGUCGUUUAAGGUGCAGGAAUUGGAAAAACAGUUGCUUAUUCGGUCAGGCGAGAAUUCCAUACUGCGUUCUAAUCUACAAAAGCAAUCCGAGCAACACAAUCGAACGAUCGAAGCAUUAAAUGCACACGUAAAAUCUGUGCAAGAAGAAUAUCAGAGCAAAAUUCGAAACCUGGAGCAGGAAAUCGAGCGUGUAAAGACAGAGUCUUGUUUCUUUGAGAAGGAAGCUCAGGACGCAACUCUCAACUUAAAAAAGCUACAGAAACUGAAUCAACAAGGAAAGAACGAGUCUAAUACUCAGAAAAACACAUCCACGGACAUCUUCCAGGACCCGGCGGCAGCAUUUCAUUCCAACGUUGAUGACUGGGAUCCUUUACCAGAACAAAUCAAGGUAGCAGUCAAUGCAAGUGCAACAAAGAAAAAGAAAAAGCGCAAACUUAGCGUCCAAGAGGGUGUCGGAAAAUCUAGUAGUUCUGUUCCCCGUCAAAACGAUGACCCCCAACAUGAGGCUACGAUAGACUUGCUAUGUGAACAGCUCGUGCAACUCGAACAGCAAAACGGAAUCUGGCUCGUGUCCCGCGGACUUGGCGAGAUAUACGGUGGCCUCCUAACUGAACUUUCAGCGCUAGAAGAUGAGGAGGGUCAGGCUCGCGUAAGCAUGCUUACGAAGCUUAUAUACGAUCCUGUAGCCUUCGACACUGUAAACACAUAUGUGCAGUCUUUAAUUCAACUUAUUGAGGAGAUUUUUGUCGUCGCGCUUAAAAAAAGUUACUGGAGUGCUGCCGGUACAAUAUUAACGCUUUCACUUGCGAUCAUGACUAUGGAGCCUGACAUGGUCGAAAACAUUUUGCAAUCAAAAAUCCCUUCGCUGGCAAACGAUUGUGCAUGCACUCUUGUGCGGGAGAAAGAAGUACAUCAGGUUGCCUUUGAGAGGUGCAUUAAUUUCCUGUGUACUUGCUUGUACAAUAGCAGUGCAUUAACAUCCAAUACACAACUGCAAUCCCAAGUAUCGCCGAUGCUUUUUGAACGUUGUAUUGAUUUUCAGCAACCAACACAUGUCAUAAAACUAGGCUUGCGCAUUUUGAUGAGCUCAAUAAAGCCUUCUGCCAUAGCAUGCGUGCCGUUAGUUAACCCCCCAGAAAACGACCAACGUCUCGUCUAUGGCAUUUUCUCCACGCUGUCUCGGAUUUUGGCAGACGAGAAGCGUGCCGCUAAAAAUCACCUGGAGUUCCUUUCUAUUCAUGACAUGGUGCUUCAAUUGCUGCUGCACUUCUACAAACAGACGAAGCCCAUAGGCCUCGAUGUUCUUCAAGCAUGUUCGCCACUUGUUCCAAGCUUUGCAUUGGCAACUUGCUGGUAUUUGCAACUUAUUCAGCAAGGAUUCCAACCUACAGAGUCAUAUGCCCAGAACCUCGUGAAUCUUCUGCGAAUUACAUAUCUCGUUGCUCCAAGCGAUUUAUCUACACGCCUCGUCAAUUCGGGACACGGGUUGCUUCAACGCUAUGUAGCUGCCGUUGCUAGCUGCACGUACGGAGACUUGGAGUACAUGUCUUUCCAACGAAGUGCAAAAGAAGUUUCCACUUUGAGCGCUGAAAUUCUUGAACUCUGUGUUUCUCCAGAGGAGCUGGACUCUCUCUACACACUUUUCGACCAGUGA